CCUAUUCUCAAGACGUUGCAGGAAGCUUGCGUGCGUUGUCCCCUGUAAUGCACGUUGGUAUAGUUAUGGUGUCACUCGCAAUCUUUUUACUGGGAAACAGGCAACCUAACUUGACAAUGUAUAAAUAAACUAAUUUCCCGUCCACCAUGACGUUUGUAAAUUGUUUUACGCGUCUCGUCUGUGCCCGCACGUUGCUGCCGUCAGGGCCGGGCUGGCACAGUUUCAGUCGGUACUGUUCAGUUAGACGUGAGGACCGUAGAGCUCGGGAAGAGUCGAGACCUGGAAGUCAGGUACCACAGUUGCCAACCUGGAAGCCCACACAGGAGAUCUGUCUUCCUGAAGUUUCUGUACAACUGAUUCAUCACCUGGAGCAGCUAGCGCUGGUGGAUUUUCGGGACCAGGAAGGUGUAGAGCGACUGGCUAAAGCUGUCCAGUUUGCCGAUCAGUUGCAUGCUGUGGACACAACAGGGGUGGAACCAAUGGACUCUGUAUUAGAAGACAGAUGUCUUUAUGUGCGACCUGAUGACAUCACAGAGGGAAACUGUGCAGACGUACUACUGAAUAUUGCAAGUCAUACAGUUGAAGAAUACUUUGUGGCACCACCAGGUAACAUACCCUUACUGAAGAAAGAUGAGAAAAUGGAGACUAUGGAAUAAACUUAUCAUCCCAUUAUGUGCUUUCAAGUAUGAUGGCUGUGAUUUCAGUGAUGAGAAAGGAGUCGGACAGUGUGUAGAAGACAAGCUUGUGGAGAAGCAGUGCAGCUUAUCGAUGCCUUUUAUAAACGUUUUCCUUGUAGUCUGUCGGGUAGCACCAGCUCUGCAUGAACAGUAGAAUGUCACAGGCAUCAAUUUGGAUGUCCAUCCUCCCCUUGAUGCUGGCUUUUUACAGGCUGAAGUGAAGACUGAAGUAGCAGCUCAGCCUGUGUGGUGUUACUAAAAAAUUAUAAAUGAUAUGUAUACUAAAAGAACGCUUUGGCAAAAUUGUAAACUUUGCUGAAUUGUGCUUUCAAAGAAAACCAGCAUUAAAAGUUCUAGUAAGAUGGUUA